AUGGUCCCUCGUCCAGAGAUGGCCAUGUCCAUGGAUCCCUAUGCACCACUGGCGCAAGCGUACACUGCUCAAACCGCGGCGCCUCCGCCGUUUUAUUUCUCGCACCUGCUGCCGGUGAAGCUCGCGCCGGACAACUACCUGUCCUGGCGUGCUCAGGCCAUUCUCUUCGCCAUCCAGUCUUUGCUCACGCCGAGUGUUUCGUCGAUGGUCAUCUUCGCCGCUACGUCCAGGGAGGCGUGGGCGGCCCUCCACACUAGUUUCGCCUCUCAGUCUCAGGCGCGUGCACACUCUAUACGCACCGAGCUGGGUGAGACCAAGCUUGGAGAUCUCAGCAUCACGGAGUACUUCAACAAGAUGACGAGCCUCGCCGACACCUUGGCCCCUCUGUUGGCUGCAGCUGCUGUGACGGGGCACGAGCACGGACGCACCCAGUCCUACUCUCUUGAUCCGGCGUGGUAUAUGGAUACAGGAGCGACGAAUCAUCUCACCAGUGAGAUGGGCAAGCUCUCCACUCAAGAACCAUAUCAUGGACAUGAUCAGGUGCACACCGCCAACGGAGCAGCUACACCUUCGCCUGAUCAAUUUGUGGAUGUUGCAAAUGCUCCUGUGUUGCUUCCUAACCAUGUUGCAGAUGGUUCUAUUGAGCGCUACAAGGCACGGCUGGUUGCCAAGGGUUUCAAGCAGAGGUAUGGUCUUGAUUAUGAAGACACGUUCAGUCCAGUUAUCAAGCCUACUACUAUUCGUAUACUGCUGUCUCUUGCUGUUACUCGUGGUUGGUCUCUUCGUCAGCUUGACGUGCAGAAUGCCUUCCUCCAUGGAGUUCUUGAGGAAGAGCGUCUUGAGGUGACGAUGUAUCUAUUGGUUUAUGUUGAUGAUAUCAUCCUUGUCAGUUCCUCUGCUGCUGCUGCUGAUCGCCUUGUGUCUGCGUUGAGUGAGGAGUUCGCUGUCAAGGAUUUGGGUGCCCUGCAUUACUUCCUUGGUUUGGAGGUGUGA